CUGACAUAAUUUUUUUUCUAUUUUCAGAUGGACUAAAAUUCGAUAAAGAAUUCAACAAAUCUCGACAAACAAAAAUUGCGCGCUAAGGUUUAAAUUGAAAAAUCCAUUAACAAGAUGCUGAUCAGAACAAAUUAUUUGCAAAGCACACAAAAACUGAUUAACGGUUUUCCAACUGCAAUACCAAUACAUGUAUGGUGUAACAGUGAAGAGUUAGUGUAAAAAUUUCGAAAGAAAAAUGACAAGCGAAAAUAGUUUCAAAGAUAAAAGUGAAAUGAUGAAAAUUAUAAUUUUAAAAGGAAAAAGUCAAAAAAGUCAAAAAAAAAAAUGUUAGUGACUUUUAAUAAAUCUUAAACAAAAGCAAACUUCCCAGUAAAACGGAAAUAUCCGUUAUCCCUUGCGAAGAUGACAACACACCGGUGCAUCCGACAUUUCAGCACAUACUACCACGCCCGCACAUGUCGCACGCCAUCAAUAUUCCGCCAGUAAACACAAAUGUCCGGCCAACGCGUCCGGACCUUAAACCAAACGUGACACAUGGCUAUGUACUAUUAUGCUAGUAAAAUAUCGGCAAUCGCUUGUGGUACACGUUGCAGACAAACAGUGUUACAGAAGUCGCGCGGACAACGUGAUCGCGAUAAAUAUGUCACGGCGAACAGCGAUGACAACAACGCUGGCGGCUGCGUGGGCGCCACUGUCGCGGCUAUGGAUGAGCAUGGCGAACGUGUUGUUGUUGUGGAUGGUGCCGGCAACGCUACCAACACAGGUAUGACCAUAUACACGACGGCGGCGGAGAGCGCUUUCGCGACGGCGACGCCAGGUGACGGUGUACGUCAUCGGCGUAGGCACAGCGAACAAUUGGAUGCUUACGAUUUGGAGUUGGGGUUUCAGAAGUUCGAGGUUUCAUUGGCAAAAUCAACAAAAAACACAUUCACCGGUUAUGGCAUCGGCAGCGCCAAUAUGGAUGCUGACAUUGUACAAUAUGACAUACCGAAAAACUCUUACAAACGAGCCAAUUCGGACAUCAAUUACGAGAGCUCCGUACUGGGAUCCGGUGGUAUUAUGUAUAUAAAUGGUAGAAUAGUUUCUGGACCCCUAGAGUCUUUGAUAGAUGUGCUAGUGCCAAAAAAUCGCAUAGAUUUCGAUAAGGAAUUUAUAUUCUCAUUUUUAUUAUCGUCACGUUUAUUUUUACGACCCCAUGAGCUGCUUGGCAAAUUAUUAUCCUCGGUACCUGAUAGCGAGUCGUUAGAAUCAUUAGUCGCUUUAUUGGCCGAGUGGACGCAAAAGUUUCCCUACGAUUAUCGCGACGAACGUAUGAUGGGCCAUGUUAAACAUAUCGUUGCCAGAUGUUCCAAUACAAAUCUAGAAGGUGUAGUUUCCGAAAUACUGAGUGCCUUGUUGAAACAAUUGACUGACUUGGAGAGACAUGAAGAAGAUCUACGCGCUUGUCAAAGUACAACUGAGAAGCCUGAACUCAACAAAUUAGACUGCCCGACCGCUUCACAAUACGCACAAAUCCUCUGUCGGCUGGAGAAAAAGUUGGCAAAGCAAAUUGGCCCCGAAGAGUUUCUGCAAUGCAGCAGUAAUGUGCUGCUCGACAAACAGAAAAAAUGGGACCAACCGAGCACGUCGGGCGGCCCACCCGGUGUCCAGGAUCCUAAGAAAACGUGCAAUUUGGAGACCUACCUGGAUUGGUCGGCACGUCUGCGCCUCUUCGUAUGCAAUGAAAUAUUACAGUGUAUCGGCAUACGCGAUCGCAGUAAAACGGUUGAAUUGUGGAGUGGCGUUGCGCAGUACUGUCUGCUCGUGGGCAAUUACAAUAGUGCCACAGCAAUACUCGAGUCACUGGAGUCGCCGCCCAUAGCGAGACUGAAAAUAACGUGGAGUAAAUUGCAAAUGACGUGUCAGCAAUUGGAUUGCAUGCAACGACAUGCUGAGGGACAUGGCGAUUUGUGGCACAAGCAAGCCAGCAUUCUGAACGAGAGUCAUCAAAAGACUGAUACAACGGCUGCUGCUACUGCUGCUGCUGCUGCGGUCUGUCGUGCAGCGAGUACAACAGCAACAACAACAACAGCGCUAGCAACUGUGCCACAACGUACAGCGGCAACGACAGACUGCGCACUGGACACCUUGGCAUCGGGCGCCACAAUAAAUGGCACAACGGUAACGACACAAUUGCUGGCAACACCUACAACACUCAGCACGGAACUCGCUUGUGUGGUUGGCGAUGCCGUCGUAGCAGCAGCUGGCACCUGUGUAAGUGAGCAUGGUCAGGCGCUUGAGACUGCCGUAGGCGAUGGUGUUGCAAUGGGAGUAGCGACAGCCAACACUCUGUGCGCCACACUAGAUGAGCUGGCAGCAGCACCAGCUACAACAGCAACACGCUUAACACCGGAAAUGACAGCAAACACUGCAUGCAAUGGCAAAGGCAACAACAGCAGCAACACUAGCAGCAAUGACAGUACAACAAGCAGCAAUAGCAGUCGUGCGGUGGGGGCGUGCAGAAAAAUAAUUAAAUCGACAACAAUAACAACAACAACAACACCGGUAGAUGUAACGUUAACAACUGGUGCGACAGUGACGAAACCAAACGAUUGGGUUGUGAUUCCGGUAUUUGCGGAUAUUGUUAAAUUGGCAUUGGCCGGACGCGAGGAAUGCCUGCAGCGUUUGCCAAACGGUCACAUCAAUAUUAUGGCCUUCGAUCGCAUGGCGGCCAUUGUUGGCGCCUUCACCAAGCACAUGCAUGCCGUUAAGUCGCCGAACGAAGCACCACCUGGCGAGUAUAAGACCUUCUGCCAGCACAUGCAACGCUCAUCGAAAUUGAGUGAAACGGAACUAAUGAUGGCCUCUUUCGAUUGCGAGGAACCCAACAAUGCGGAAAAGCUCAUGUAUGAUCUCAACUAGAACAACUUGGAACGCACAAUAAACUAUUUUAUAACGUGGAUAAAUUUUUCAUGGUUUAAACAUAUAUAUAUUAGGGUGGAGCGAAAGAAAAGUUUAUUUUUCUUUUGAAAAAUUUUCUUUAAAAAUUUCUUUCAGCUCCAAAUUCGAAAUUUAAAAGGUCGCUUGUAAUUUUAUUCAAUUUAUCAGUGCAUUACUUUAGAUUUUUUCGAGCGACCUUUUAAUAUGUAUAUUAAAAUUUCAUAUAUUAUAUUUUUUUUCAUUUAUUGAAUUUUGAGCUGAAAUUUUCAGGAACUUAUUAUUUUUUGGUCUAUAAAAUUAUACUGUAACGAGAAAAAAAAUUUGAUUAAAAAAAAUUCGGUUUUUGGUGAUUUUUGAAAUUUUGAAAAAAUUCUGAGCGACCUCUUAAAAAUUUUUUCGAGCUGCCCUUUGGACAAGGUUCUUAAAAGAUGAUAAACUAUCAUAUUUUCACACGAGACUUAAAAAAAAAAUUAUUCGGUUUUUUGCACCACCCUAAUAUACAAAUGACAAAAAUUACAUUUGGAUGCCGCAAUCGGCGAUUUGGUAUGAGCUUUCGGAACGAGUUCGCAAUUCUCCUAUGACAGAUAUGAAGUGUUGUGGGGAAAUUGUAAUAUCAUUUCAGAUAUUGACACUGAGGUAACAAAAGCGUUAAGAAAUAUUGAGCGAAUUUUAAGACAAAACCACGGCCAAGCAGUUGUUAAAAAAUUUUAUCAUUUUUUCAUCUAGAUGAUAAUGAUUUUUAUUUGAUUUUAGUGAAUUUGCUUCUCAAUUACUUUUCUGGCAGCAAAAUUUAAGAUUUUUGGAAAUGCUGAUCCACAAAAGUGCGCUAAUUUUCGAUAAUUUCAUUCUAAUUUGAAAAUGGUGACUCAAAAUUUUUGUUGGAGUUUUCACAGAGACCCCUUGAUAAUACAAGUAUAGACAGACACAUAACCGCAUUUAUUUAAAUAAUCUCCGAAAUUUUUAUUGUUCAUCUCUAAUGCUUGAAAUAUCGCAAAAACUUUGGGAAAGUUUACCCUCUUAGAAGAAGGGGAAACGUUUCUUUAGAAUUUUUCUGAAGAAUAUGUGUAAAUAAUUUUUAUUGAUUUGUUUAAUGUUUAAUGGUCGAUCCUAAAAAGGAGAUCUCACUUGUACAGCUAAUAACGCCGGUCCUUUGUGGAAGGCUGGAAGAGAAAGCGGCUGGACCACCGCACCACCUCACCAUCCUCGAUACAACUUGCGUCCAUCAAGAUUUUUAUUUUAUUAGACAAUGUUCAGUCAGAACUCCUACGAUUGCUGCUAAGCGCAAUCACUUCAGUAGAUCUCUUACGUUCUACUCUAGGCCAGAAAGACCACGCAGUCGCAUAGGAGCUGGUCAUCGACCAACGCUUGCUAAGCGCACAAGCGGUACACACAUCCAGUGCUGGGCGCUAAAUGACUACGGAGAUCUGACUCAUUCCCACUCCGAUGUGAGCGGGGUACGGGUGUCCCGUCUUGCUAGCUAAUCGGCUUUGCUGUUUCCAGUGAUUCCGCCAUGACUAGGCACUCAAACGAGUAGCAUGAUGCUAUUUCUAGUGAGGACAAACACUGCUUUGAGCGCAUAGUUUGCAAGCUCAAUGCUAAUAUCGCCGCUGUGCUGCCGGUGUGAAUGUUCACCUACCUGAAAGAAGCAGCACUACGGAGUAGUAAAUUUAAAGACUCCCCUUCAACUUUCCGUCCUAGCUUCGACCCACCAAUGUUGCAAAGUCUCAAUUAUCAACAAGACCAGAUAUUAUUUAAUGAAAUGUUCUAUAUGUUGUUUGUUGCUUGUUUAAUGUCUUUGAAGCGUCAGCUAUUUCGAACAGUUUUAUUUUACCGCUUUAAAAAUUAAUUGGAUCGCUAAAAAUGUUAUAUCUCACGAAACUAAAGCAUGUAGGUAGUUUCAAUUCUAGCAGCUUGUUUUCAUGGCAAUACUUGAGAGUUGCCAGAACCGGAAGUUAUAAUUAACGAAGUUUAGAGGAUUUGUUAAGAGAAAUGAGAGUAGAGUGAACAUGUUUGUUUAUACAAUUAAAAAUAAAUGCUGGCUGUUCAAUUAUCUAAAUCUGAGAGAGAGCAAAAUUAAGCAUUUAAAGUAUCAAACAAUUGGAAUAGUCGUGGCAUUGUAAUAUAUACAAUAUAAAUGUAUAUACAAGUAUAAGCCGCAUUUGUAUAUGAAAUAAAUUAAUUUGCAUUCACAAUAGAUAUUUUCCUUAAAUCAUGGUGGCAACACGCAAAUUAAAUUAAAUCUUUAUCAAAUUCAUUUGCAUUGUGUUCACUCAACUGUUUGUAAAUUUGUAUAAAUUCAUUGUGAAACUCAAUUAGCUGAGAGUAAAUAAUGUUUAAAGAUAAGAAGCUACAAUGCUUGUAAAUUAAUAUUAAUAAUGUACAAUAAUGGUAUUUAUUUGUUGUUGUUUUGAAUGUGAUAAAAACGCAUACAAACAUUUUGUCGCACAAUAAACAUAGAAUUUAAGAUUUAGUGUGUGUGUGUGUGCGUGUGUGCGUGAGAGAGAAUUUAAUGCAUUUUUACACACGAGCAGUUUUUGUUUACAUAUUUAUGCAGUUGCCUGUUUGCUGUGACUUUUAUUUACGAUACGCAUUACACUUGCAAGUAAAUAUUUUAUUCACUCAAUAAAUAAAUGAUUUAUGGCGCUUGAUUUGUGUAGAGAUUUUUUCAAUUGUCACUUAUUUACUCAUGCGUAGUUUAAUAUUCUAUAAUAUUUGUUGGCAUUCGCUAAUGUCUAUUGGUCUAACUGUAGUUAUGUAUGUACGAUAUGUGCACACACAGAAGCAUGACUUGCAUUAAAACGGUGUAUUAUUGUAUAUAAUUAUAUAAAUGAAUAAAUUAUAUAAAUAAGUAAAUUAUAUAAACAAGUAAUACAAAGAAAAUAAUUAUUCUACUGACACAUAACAAAUUUGUACUAGAUAAAAACGUUAGAAAAAAUUAGUAAUAUACAUAUGUUAGACAUAUUAUUGUAGCAAAUAUAUGUAAGUGUGGUAGAUUAAAGUAUAUUUAGUGUAAUUUUGUAAACUGAAACUAAUGCUGAAUUAAUAUUUAUUUAAACACAAAUCAUUUGUGAAAAGUAUUAAAAAGUUUAUGUAGAAACUUAAAUGCCGUUAUGUAAUUAAAAUGAUAACAAAUUGGUGUUUAAGACUAAAAAUUAUAAUUUUUUGCGAAAA